AUGGUCUUUGAGAGUCUCACCGCGGUGUCCGGGAGAGAUGCUGAGCUAGUAUUUUUUAUGGAGGACGACCAAUAUUUACUUCAAGACUUUUUAUAUAUGGCAAUAUAUAUGAGAAAAGUGGCCACAUCUUUACCACAAUGCAACAUGCUCUCGAUGGCGACCGUUAGCGAUGGUACAUUUAUGGGUAAUGAUUCCUACCGCACAGAAUUCACUACUUGGCAACCAAAGUAUUUCUCGGAUGUCUUGGGAUUCGACUUUGCUACAUGGAACACUAUUGUUUCACAUUUCGACAUGUUUUGCCUAAUCGACGAUUCUUGGUCUAGAUCCGUACAAUACAUAUCACUGAAUCGAGUCGAUGGUGAGAGAUUCAAAGUGAUUUCAAGUGAAAUGCCGAGAUCAUUCAAGACGUCCUGUGGGAUAGGGCGAGGCGUAACGAAUUGUGGCGUAUUCGAAGGAAUCUAUAAAGCUUUGAAUAUAAUAAAGCGACAACGGGACGAUUUUUUCCCACCGUACUUAGAAGUUUACGCCAAUAUAGAAUUAGUCGAUAAUGAUUUUAUUGGGUUUGAUAUUAUGAAAAAUAAUCGAGUCCGGAUUGAUAUACGAAAUCAAGAACUGUGCAAUAAUAUUACACGAGCUAAAGUCAAGAAAAUUCUUUUGGACAUGAAAACGCAGUUUUCAAGCCUUACUAUGUGA